GCUCCUGUGGCCGCCGUUUCCUCACUUCGGCGACUCAAACCCGUCUGGAACCCGAGUGAGGAGGAAGCAAGAUGGCGGCCUCGGGAGGAGGCAGCGGCGGCGGGGGAGCGGGAGCCUCCUCCCCGCCCGCGACGGAGCGGGAGCCCGGCUGGGAGGUGGCGGUGCGGCCGCUGCUGUCCGCCUCCUACUCGGCCUUCGAGAUGCGGGAGCUGCCUCAGCUGCUAGCCUCGGUCAUCGAGAGCGAGUCCGAAAUCUUGCACCACGACAAGCAAUAUGAGCCUUUCUACUCUUCUUUCGUCGCGCUCUCGACGCACUACAUCACCACCGUGUGUGGACUAGUCCCUAGAAAUCAGCUGCAGUCAGUGGCAGCUGCCUGCAAAGUCUUGAUUGAAUUCUCCCUCCUGCGACUUGAGAACCCAGACGAGGCCUGUGCGGUUUCACAGAAACACCUGAUCCUGCUGAUCAAGGGCCUGUGCACCGGCUGCAGCCGCCUGGACAGAACUGAGAUCAUCACCUUCACUGCGAUGAUGAAGUCUGCCAAAUUGCCCCAGACUGUGAAGACCCUCUCUGACGUGGAGGAUCAGAAAGAGCUGGCCUCUCCGGUCAGCCCCGAGCUGAGGCAGAAGGAAGUGCAGAUGAACUUCCUCAACCAGCUGACGUCCGUCUUCAAUCCUAGAGUGGGGGUGUCGGGCUUGGUCGUGUCACAGACUCCGGGAGAAGGCGAGGGCGAGGAGCAGGCGUCCACCGAGCAAGCCUCUGCUGCCAAGACCAAAAGCGUCUUCAUUGCUCAGAACGUGGCCAGCCUUCAGGAGCUGGGUGGCUCUGAAAAGCUGCUGCGUGUCUGCCUGAAUCUCCCUUACUUCCUGCGCUACAUAAACCGCUUCCAGGACGCUGUUUCUGCCAACUCCUUUUUCAUCAUGCCAGCCACCGUCGCGGAUGCCACUGCUGUCCGUAACGGGUUCCACUCGCUGGUGAUCGACGUGACGAUGGCGCUCGACACGCUGUCCCUCCCUGUCCUGGAGCCCCUCACUCCCACCAGGCUGCAGGAUGUCACCGUCCUGGCCCUCAGCUGUCUCUACGCAGGAGUGAGCGUGGCCACCUGCAUGGCCAUCCUGCACGUGGGCAGCACCCAGCAAGUCCGCACGGGGUCCACGAGUUCCAAAGAAGAGGACUACGAGAACGACGCGGCCACCAUUGUGCAGAAAUGUCUUGAAAUCUACGAUAUGAUUGGCCAGGCCAUCAGCAACUCGCGGCGUGCAGGCGGGGAGCACUACCAGAACUUCCAGCUGCUCGGGGCCUGGUGCUUGCUGAACAGCCUCUUCCUCAUCUUGAACCUCAGCCCCACAGCCCUGGCUGACAAGGGGAAGGAGAAAGACCCCCUGGCCGCGCUCCGGGUCCGGGACAUCAUCGCUCGCUCCAAGGAGGGGGUGGGCUCUCCCAAGCUGGGGCCCGGGAAAGGGCACCAGGGGUUCGGUGUGCUGUCCGUGGUGCUGGCCAACCACGCCAUCAAGCUGCUCACCUCCCUCUUCCAAGACCUGCAAGUCGAAGCUCUUCACAAGGGCUGGGAGACAGACGGGCCCCCGGCAGUGCUGAACAUCAUGGCCCAGAGCACAUCCAUCCAGAGGAUUCAGCGGCUGAUUGACUCGGUGCCCCUCACCAACCUGCUGCUGACCCUGCUGUCCACGUCUUACCGGAAGGCUUGCGUCCUGCAGCGUCAGCGCAAGGGCUCCAUGAGCAGCGACGUGAGCGCCUCCACAGAUUCCAACACCUACUACGAGGACGACUUCAGCAGCACCGAAGACAGCAGCCAAGAUGACGACAGCGAGCCCAUCCUCGGGCAGUGGUUUGAAGAGACCAUCUCGCCCAGCAAAGAGAAGGCGGCCCCUCCUCCACCCCCGCCCCCCCCUCCUCUGGAGAGCUCCCCCAGGGUGAAGAGCCCCAGCAAGCAGGCCGCCGGCGAGAACGGGAACAUCCUGGCCAGCCGCAAAGACCCGGAACUGUUCCUCAGCCUGGCGUCCAACAUCCUCAACUUCAUGACUUCCUCCAUGCUGGACUCCAGGAACAACUUCAUCCGCAACUACCUGAGUGUCUCCCUGGCAGAGCAGCACAUGGCCACGCUGGCCAGUAUCAUCAAGGAAGUGGACAAGGAUGGCCUCAAAGGUACUUCCGAGGAGGAGGAGUUCGCUGCCGCCCUCUACCACUUCAACCACUCUCUGGUGACCUCCGACCUCCAGUCCCCGACCUUACAGAACACUCUCCUGCAGCAGCUGGGAGUGGCCCCCUUCUCAGAAGGCCCCUGGCCCCUCUACAUCCACCCCCAGAGCCUGUCUGUCCUCUCCCGGCUUCUCCUCAUCUGGCAGCACAAAGCCAACGCCCAGGGAGACCCCGACGUGCCGGAGUGCCUCAAGGUUUGGGAGAGGUUUGUGGGCACCCUGAAGCAGAGCGCCAUGCAGGGGACGCUCCCCAGCGACACCGAAGACCUGAACGUGGAGCACCUGCAGCUGCUGCUGUUGCUCUUCCACAACCUUUCCGAGAAGGGCCGGCGCUCGGUGCUGACCCUCUGCGUCCAGACCCUCCUGGAGCUGGCGGCCAACCUGGACUCCCAGCUGCAGUGCGUCCCUCUCCUGCCGGCCCGCCUCCUCUUGGUCUUGGACUAUCUGCUCCACCAGUAUUCGAAAGUCCCGGUCUAUCUCUUUGAACAGGUGCAGUACAACCUCCUGACCCCACCCGUCGUGUGGGCGGGCAGCUCCCAGGAUGGGGGCCGGCACACUGCUUCCCCUCUCUACCAUGGCUUCAAGGAGGUGGAAGAGAACUGGACCAAGCGCUGCUCCUCGGACGUGAUUCUCCAGCCCCGGUUCUACUGCAUCCUCUCGCCAGAAGCCUCGGAAGACGACCUGAACCGCCUUGACAGCACGGUGUGCGAGGUCCUGUUCUCCAAGGCGAUGAAGUACGACGACCUUUACUCGGCCCUCACUUCCCUGCUGGUGGCUGGCUCUCAGUUUGAUACCCUCCGCAGGAAGGAGAAUAAAAAUGUCACCGCCCUGGAGGCUUGCGCGCUUCAGUACUACUUCCUGAUCGUCUGGCGCAUCCUGGGGGUCCUGCCGCCCUCCAAGGGCUACAUGAACCAGCUGGCCGUGAACAGCCCCGAGAUGAGCGAGUGCGACAUCCUCCACACCCUGCGCUGGUCCUCCCGCCUGCGCAUCACCUCCUACGUCGCCUGGAUCAAGGAUCACCUGAUCAAACAGGGCGUGAAGGCUGAGCAUGCUGCCUCUCUCGUUGAGCUGACAUCUGCCAAGUGCAGCUCAGUGAAGUAUGACGUGGAAAUCGCUGAGGAGUACUUUGCCCGACAGAUCUCGUCUUUCUGUGGGGUCGACUGCACCACCAUCCUCCGCCUCCACGAGAUCCCCAGCCUGCAGGCCAUCUACACCCUGGACGCGGUCAUCUCCAAAGUGCAGGUCUCCCUGGACGAGCACUUCUCCAAGCUGGCCGCCGAGACCGACCCCCACAAAUCCUCCGAGAUCACCAAGAACCUGCUGCCGGCCACCUUGCAGCUGAUCGACACCUACGCUACCUUCACCAGGUCCUACCUGCUGCAGAGCCUCUCCGAGGAGGGCUCGGCUGAGAACAAGCCGACCGAAGAGAAGCUGCAGGGCUACGCCGCCGUCCUGGCCAUCGGCUCCAGCCGGUGCAAGGCCAACACCCUCGGGCCAGCCCUUGUCCAGAACUUGCCCCCGGCGGUGCAGUCGCUGUGUGAGUCCUGGAACAACAUCCACACCAAUGAGUUCCCGAACAUUGGCUCCUGGCGCAACGCUUUUGCGAACGAUACCAUCCCGGCGGAGAGCUACAUCAGCGCGGUGCAGGCGGCCCACCUGGGCACCCUCUGCAGCCAGAGCCUCCCCUUGGCCGCCUCCCUGAAGCACACCCUCCUCUCCUUGGUCCGGCUCACCGGGGACCUCAUUGUCUGGUCGGACGAGCUGAACCCGCCCCAGGUGAUCCGGACCCUGCUGCCCCUUCUCCUGGAGACCAGCACCGAGAGCGUGGCGGAGAUCAGCAGCAACUCCCUGGAGCGGAUCCUGGGCCCGGCCGAGUCGGACGAGUUCCUCUCGCGGGUCUACGAGAAGCUGAUCAUGGGCUGCUACAACAUCCUGGCCAAUCACUCUGACCCCAACAGCGGCCUGGAUGAAUCCAUCUUGGAGGAGUGUCUUCAGCAUCUGGAGAAACAGCUGGAGAGCAGCCAGGCCCGGAAGGCCAUGGAAGAGUUUUUCUCCGAGAGCGGAGAACUCGUCCAGAUCAUGAUGGCCACGGCCAACGAGAGCCUCUCUGCCAAGUUCUGCAACAGAGUCCUGAAAUUCUUCACCAAGCUCUUCCAGCUGACCGAGAAGAGCCCCAACCCCAGCCUCCUGCGCCUGUGCGGCUCCUUGGCCCAGCUGGCCUGCGUGGAGUCGGGGCGCCUCCAGGCCUGGCUGACGAGGAUGACCACCGCGCCCCCGAAGGAGUCCGACCAGCUGGAGGUGGUGCAGGAGAACAGGCAGCUGCUCCAGCUCCUGACCACCUACAUCGUCCGGGAGAACAGUCAAGUGGGCGAAGGAGCCUGCACGGUCCUGCUGAGCACCCUCAUCCCCAUGGCCACCGAGAUGCUGGCGAACGGCGACGGCACCGGCUUCCCUGAGCUCAUGGUCGUCAUGGCCACCCUGGCCAGUGCCGGCCAAGGGGCCGGGCAUCUCCAGCUUCACAGCGCGGCCGUCGAUUGGCUGGGGAGAUGCAAGAAAUACUUGUCUCAGAAGAACGUCGUGGAGAAAAUGAACGCCAACGUCCUGCACGGGAAGCACGUGACGGUCCUGGACUGCACCUGCCACAUCGUCUCCUACCUGGCCGACGUCACCAACGCCCUGAGCCAGAUGGGCGGCCAGGGCCCCAGCCACCUCUCGGUCGACGGGGAGGAGCGGGCCAUCGAGGUGGACUCGGACUGGGUGGAGGAGCUGGCCGUGGAGGAGGAGGAUUCGCAGGCGGAGGACUCGGAUGAAGACUCCCUCUGCAAUAAACUUUGCACGUUCACCAUCACCCAGAAAGAAUUCAUGAACCAGCACUGGUACCACUGCCACACCUGCAAGAUGGUCGACGGGGUGGGCGUCUGCACCGUGUGCGCCAAGGUCUGCCACAAGGACCACGAGAUCUCCUACGCCAAGUACGGCUCCUUCUUCUGCGACUGCGGGGCCAAAGAGGACGGGAGUUGCCUGGCCCUGGUUAAGAGGACGCCCAGCAGCGGCAUGAGCUCCACCAUGAAGGAGUCGGCCUUCCAGAGCGAGCCCCGGGUCCCCGAGAGCGUCGUCCGGCACUCCAGCACCUCCCCCACGGACAAGUCCAAGGUCUCCAUCAGCGACGGGCGGGGCCCCGACGAGGAGAAGCCCAAGAAGAGCAGCCUGUGCCGGAACGUGGAGGGCUGCCGGGAGCAGCUCCAGUCCCAGGCCAACUUCUCCUUCGCCCCGCUGGUGCUGGACAUGCUGAACUUCCUCAUGGAGGCCAUCCAGGUCAACUUCCAGCAGGCCUCGGCCAUGGGCAGCAGCAGCCGGGCCCAGCAGGCCCUCCACGAGCUGCACACGCUGGACAAGACAGUGGAGAUGACGGACCAGCUGAUGGUGCCGACUCUGGGCUCCCAAGAAGGCGCCUUCGAAAACGUCCGCAUGAACUACAGCGGGGACCAGGGCCAGACCAUCCGCCAGCUCAUCAGCGCCCACGUCCUGCGGCGGGUGGCCAUGUGUGUGCUUUCCUCGCCCCAUGGGCGCCGCCAGCACCUGGCUGUCAGCCACGAGAAGGGCAAGAUCACGGUCCUGCAGCUCUCGGCUCUGCUCAAGCAAGCGGACUCCAGCAAGCGGAAGCUGACCCUCACGCGCCUGGCCUCCGCCCCCGUGCCCUUCACUGUCCUGAACCUCACCGGGAAUCCCUGCAAGGAGGACUACUUGGCUGUGUGUGGACUGAAGGACUGCCACGUCCUCACGUUCAGCAGCUCUGGCUCCGUCUCCGACCACUUGGUGCUUCAUCCUCAACUGGCCACGGGCAACUUCAUCAUCAAGGCUGUGUGGCUACCGGGAUCACAGACACAGCUUGCCAUUGUCACGGCAGAUUUUGUGAAGAUCUACGACCUCUCGGUGGACGCCUUGAGCCCGACCUUCUACUUCCUACUGCCCAGCUCCAAGAUCCGGGACAUCACCUUCCUCUUUAACGAGGAGGGCAAGAACAUCGUGGUCAUCAUGUCUUCCGCCGGCUACAUCUACACGCAGCUCAUGGAGGAAGCCAGCAGCGCCCAGCACGGCCCGUUCUACGUCACCAACGUCCUUGAGAUUUUGCACGAGGACCUAAAGGAUAGUAACGGGCAGGUGGCAGGAGGCGGGGUCUCCGUCUAUUAUUCCCACGUCCUGCAGAUGCUCUUCUUCAGUUACAGCCAGGGGAAAUCCUUCGCGGCUACCAUCAGCCGGGCCACGCUGGAGCUAACGCGCCUCUUCCCCAUCAACAUCAAGAGCUCCAACGGGGGCAGCAAGACCUCCCCGGCGCUCUGUCAGUGGUCAGAGGUGAUGAACCACCCGGGACUGGUGUGCUGCGUCCAGCAGACCACCGGCGUCCCUCUGGUGGUGAUGGUCAAGCCGGACACGUUCCUCAUCCAGGAAAUCAAGACCUUGCCGGCGAAAGCGAAGAUCCAGGACAUGGUGGCCAUCCGCCACACGGCCUGCAACGAGCAGCAGCGGACCACCAUGAUCCUGCUGUGUGAGGACGGCAGCCUGCGGAUCUACAUGGCGAACGUGGAGAACACGUCCUACUGGCUCCAGCCCAGCCUCCAGCCCAGCAGCGUCAUAAGCAUCAUGAAGCCCGUCCGGAAACGCAAGGCGGCAGCCAUCAGUAAGUUGCUUUGGCCCGAGGAAGGAUCGUCGCACGGUUCAGAUUGGCUAGUGACUGAGACGGCAACGCGCACCUCCACCCAGGUGAACUUCCCCAUAGACUUCUUUGAGCACAACCAGCAGCUGACAGACGUGGAGUUUGGGGGCAACGACCUCCUGCAGGUCUACAACGCGCAGCAGAUCAAGCAUCGCCUCAACUCCACCGGCAUGUACGUGGCCAACACCAAGCCCGGCGGCUUCACCAUCGAGGUAACCAACAACAACAGCACCAUGGUGAUGACUGGGAUGAGGGUCCAGAUUGGGACGCAAGCCAUCGAGCGAGCCCCAUCCUUCUUGGAGAUCUUCGGCCGGACCAUGCAGCUCAACCUCAGCCGACCGCGGUGGUUUGAUUUCCCCUUCACCCGCGAGGAGGCCCUGCAGGCCGACAAGAAGCUGACCAUCUUCGUCGGGGCGUCCGUGGAUCCCGCCGGGGUCACCAUGUUGGAUGCCAUCAAGAUCUACGGCAAAACGAAGGAGCAGUUUGGCUGGCCAGACGAGCCGCUGGAGGAUUUCCCCUCUGCCUCCGUGAGCAACGUCUGCCCUCCCAACCUGAACCAGGGGAACGGCACCGGGGACACCGAAUCGACUGCCCCAGUGGCUGCUAGUGGCACUGUGCUGGAGAGUUCUGAAACUGAGUCCUUAACCACCUUGGACCGGCUAGUUGUGAGUUCUUUAGAAGCUCUGGAAAGCUGCUUUGCCGUCGGACCAGUCAACGAGAAGGAGAAGAGCAAGAACGCCGCUCAGGAGCUGGCUACGAUGCUCCUGUCGACGCCGGCCCCUUCCAGCGUCCAGCAGCAAACCAAGAGCCUGCUGGCCAGUCUCCACACCAGCCGCUCCGCCUACCACAACCACAAGGAUCAGGCCUUGCUGAGCAAAGCCAUCCAGUACCUGACCACCUCGAGCAAAGAGGGCAAAGACCUGGACCCAGAAGUCUUCCAGCGGCUGGUCAUCACGGCCCGCUCCAUCGCCAUCAUGCGGCCCAACAACCUGGUCCACUUCACCGAGUCGAAACUGCCGCCGUUGGAAGCAGCAGAAGGUACCGACGAGGGACAAGAGGCCCAGAAGAGCGUGGAAGGAGAAGGGUGCAGCUUCAUCACGCAGCUGGUCAACCAUUUCUGGAAGCUGCAUGCGUCAAAACCCAAAAACGCCUUCUUGGCUCCUGCUUGUUUGCCAGGCCUGACUCACGUGGAAGCUACAGUCAAUGCUCUGGUGGACAUUAUCCAUGGCUACUGCACCUGUGAGCUGGACUGUAUCAACACAGCCUCCAAAAUCUACAUGCAGAUGUUGCUGUGCCCGGACCCGGCUGUGAGCUUCUCCUGCAAGCAAGCUUUAAUCCGAGUGCUGAGGCCCAGGAACAAGCGGAGACACGUGACGCUGCCCUCUUCCCCUCGGAGCAACACCCCUAUGGGAGACAAAGAUGAUUAUGACGACGACGAAGCCGAGGAAAAGAUGCAGAGCGCGGGGAUCCCAAACGGCGAGCACAUCCGCCAAGAAAGCCAGGAACAAAGUGAGGUGGACCACGGGGACUUUGAGAUGGUGUCUGAAUCGAUGGUGCUGGAGACGGCCGAGAACGUGAACAACGGCAACCCCUCCCCGCUGGAAGCCCUCCUGGCUGGGGCAGAGGGAUUCCCCCCCAUGCUGGACAUCCCCCCCGACGCAGACGACGAGACCAUGGUGGAGCUGGCCAUCGCCCUCAGCCUGCAGCAGGAUCAGCAAGGGAGCAGCAGCAGUGCCCUCGGCCUACAGAGCUUGGGGCUCUCUGGCCAGGCUCCCAGCUCCUCCUCCCUCGAUGCCGGGACCCUUUCGGACACCACAGCGUCAGCUCCAGCUUCUGAUGACGAAGGCAGCACGGCAGCCACGGACGGCUCCACCCUGCGGACCUCCCCGGCCGACCACGGCGGCAGUGUGGGCUCCGAGAGUGGCGGCAGUGCGGUGGAUUCGGUGGCAGGCGAGCACAGCGUGUCUGGCCGCAGCAGCGCGUACGGAGACACGACGGCUGAGGGCCAUCCUGCCGGUCCGGGGAGCGUCAGUUCCAGCACUGGCGCCAUCAGCACCACCACCGGGCAGCAGGAGGGGGAAGGGUCGGAAGGCGAGGGCGAAGGGGAAGCAGAAGGGGAUGUCCACGCCAGCAACAGGCUCCACAUGGUCCGCCUGAUGCUGCUGGAGAGGCUGCUGCAGACCCUUCCGCAGCUGCGGAACGUGGGUGGGGUCCGCGCCAUCCCUUACAUGCAGGUGAUCCUGAUGCUCACCACAGACCUGGAUGGCGACGACGAGAAGGACAAGGGCGCCCUUGACAACUUGCUUGCCCAGCUCAUCGCAGAGCUGUGCAUGGAUAAGAAGGACGUCUCCAAGAAGAACGAGCGCUCCGCCCUGAACGAGGUCCACCUGGUCGUCAUGAGGCUGCUGAGCGUCUUCAUGUCCCGGACGAAGUCGGGCUCCAAGUCGUCCAUUUGCGAGUCCUCCUCACUGAUCUCCAGCGCCACGGCGGCCGCUCUGCUCAGCUCCGGCGCUGUGGACUACUGCCUGCACGUCUUGAAAUCCCUCCUGGAGUACUGGAAGAGCCAGCAGAACGACGAGGAGCCCGUGGCCGCCAGCCAGCUGCUGAAGCCUCACACCACCUCCUCCCCUCCUGACAUGAGCCCCUUCUUCCUGCGCCAGUAUGUCAAGGGCCACGCUGCCGACGUGUUUGAGGCCUACACCCAGCUCUUGACCGAGAUGGUGCUGCGGUUGCCCUACCAGAUCAAGAAGAUCGCCGACACCAACUCCCGCAUCCCGCCGCCCGUCUUCGACCAUUCCUGGUUCUACUUCCUGUCCGAGUACCUGAUGAUCCAGCAGACGCCCUUUGUCCGCCGCCAAGUCCGCAAGCUGCUGCUCUUCAUCUGCGGCUCCAAGGAGAAGUACCGCCAGCUGCGCGACCUCCACACGCUGGACUCGCACGUCCGGGGCAUCAAGAAGCUCUUGGAGGAGCAGGGCAUCUUCCUGCGGGCCAGCGUGGUGACGGCCAGCUCCGGCUCGGCCCUGCAGUACGACACGCUCAUCAACUUGAUGGAGCACCUGAAGGCCUGUGCGGAGAUCGCCACGCAGCGGACGGUGAACUGGCAGAAGUUCUGCAUUAAAGACGACUCUGUCCUCUACUUCCUCCUGCAAGUCAGCUUCCUGGUGGACGAGGGGGUCUCCCCCGUCCUGCUGCAGCUGCUCUCCUGCGCCCUGUGCGGCAGCAAGGUCCUCUCAGCAGCGUCUUCCUCGGGGUCCUCCGGCACUUCCGCCUCGGCUCCGGCGGGCCCCGGGAGCGGGCAGCCGGCCGGGCAGAGCAAGUCCUCCACCAAGAAGAGCAAGAAGGAAGAGAAGGAGAAAGACCGAGAAGGGGAGGGCUCCGGCAGCCAGGAAGACCAGCUGUGCACGGCUCUGGUGAACCAGCUGAACAAGUUUGCCGACAAGGAGACCCUGAUCCAGUUCCUGCGCUGCUUCUUGCUGGAGUCCAAUUCCUCCUCGGUCCGGUGGCAGGCCCAUUGCCUGACCCUCCACAUCUACAGGAACUCCAGCAAGUCCCAGCAGGAGCUCUUGCUGGACCUCAUGUGGUCCAUCUGGCCAGAGCUCCCGGCCUACGGGCGCAAGGCCGCUCAGUUCGUGGACCUCCUGGGUUACUUCUCUCUGAAGACGCAGCAAACUGAGAAAAAGUUAAAGGAGUAUUCCCAAAAGGCUGUCGAGAUCCUCCGGAUGCAGAACCACAUCCUGACCAACCACCCUAACUCCAACAUUUAUAACACCCUUUCUGGCCUGGUUGAGUUUGACGGCUACUAUCUGGAGAGCGACCCCUGCCUCGUCUGCAACAACCCCGAAGUUCCCUUCUGCUACAUCAAGCUCUCCUCCAUCAAGGUGGACACCCGCUACACCACCACCCAGCAAGUGGUGAAGCUCAUCGGCAGCCACACCAUCAGCAAGGUGACGGUCAAGAUCGGAGACCUGAAGCGCACCAAGAUGGUCCGGACCAUCAACCUCUACUACAACAACCGGACCGUCCAGGCCAUCGUGGAGCUGAAGAACAAACCAGCCCGCUGGCAUCGGGCCAAGAGGGUGCAGCUCACCCCGGGCCAGACGGAGGUGAAGAUCGACUUGCCGCUGCCCAUCGUGGCCUCCAACCUGAUGAUUGAGUUUGCCGACUUCUACGAGAACUACCAGGCCUCCACGGAAACCCUGCAGUGCCCCCGGUGCAGCGCGUCCGUCCCGGCCAACCCCGGGGUGUGCGGCAACUGCGGGGAGAACGUCUACCAGUGCCACAAGUGCAGAUCCAUCAACUACGACGAGAAGGACCCUUUCCUCUGCAACGCCUGCGGCUUCUGCAAAUACGCCCGCUUCGACUUCAUGCUGUACGCCAAGCCGUGCUGCGCCGUGGACCCCAUCGAGAACGAAGAGGACCGGAAGAAGGCGGUCACCAACAUCAACACCCUCCUGGACAAGGCAGACCGCGUCUACCACCAGCUGAUGGGUCACAGGCCCCAGCUGGAGAACCUCCUGUGUAAAGUGAACGAGGCUGCGCCUGAGAAGCCCCAGGACGACUCCGGAGGCAGCGGGGGGAUCAGCUCCACCUCGGCCAGCGUGAACAGAUACAUCCUGCAGUUGGCUCAGGAGUACUGCGGUGACUGCAAGAAUUCUUUUGACGAGCUCUCCAAGAUCAUCCAGAAAGUCUUUGCCUCCCGGAAGGAGCUCCUGGAGUACGACCUGCAGCAGCGGGAAGCGGCCAGCAAAUCCUCGCGCUCGGCCGUCCAGCCCACCUUCACCGCCAGCCAGUACCGGGCCCUCUCCGUCCUGGGCUGCGGCCACACCUCCUCCACCAAGUGCUACGGCUGCGCCUCGGCCGUCACGGAGCACUGCAUCACAUUGCUGCGUGCCUUGGCCACCAACGCCGCCAUCCGCCACAUCCUGGUCUCCCAGGGCCUCAUCCGGGAGCUCUUCGACUACAACCUGCGCCGGGGGGCUGCCGCCAUGCGGGAGGAAGUGCGCCAGCUCAUGUGCCUGCUCACCAGAGACAACCCGGAAGCCACCCAGCAGAUGAACGACCUCAUCCUCAGCAAGGUGUCUGCCGCUCUGAAGGGCCACCGGGCCAAUCCUGACCUGGCCAGCAGCCUCCAGUACGAGAUGCUCCUGUUGACGGACUCCAUUUCCAAGGAGGACAGCUGUUGGGAACUGCGGCUGCGCUGUGCUCUCAGCCUGUUCCUGAUGGCCGUGAACAUCAAGACCCCGGUGGUGGUGGAGAACAUCACGCUGAUGUGUCUGCGCAUCCUGCAGAAGCUGAUCAAGCCGCCUGCUCCGACCAGCAAGAAGAACAAGGACAGCCCCGUUGACUCCCUGACCACAGUGAAGCCUUACAGCAACGAAAUCCACGCUCAGGCCCAGCUCUGGCUCAAGAGGGACCCCAAAGCUUCGUACGAGGCCUGGAAGAAAUGUCUGCCUGCCCGAGGCCUCGAGGCCAACGGGAAGUCGCCCAGCAGGGCGGAGCUGCGCCAGCUGUACCUGACGGAGAAAUACACCUGGAAGUGGAAGCAGUUCAUGAGCCGGCAGGGCAAGAGGACCUGCCCCCUGGACCUCAAGCUGGGCCACAACAACUGGCUGCGGCAGGUCUUGUUCACUCCAGCCACCCAGGCUGCCCGGCAGGCCGCCUGCACCAUCGUGGAAGCCCUGGCCACCAUCCCCAGCCGGAAGCAGCAGGUCCUCGAUCUGCUCACCAGUUACCUGGAUGAGUUGAGCGUCGCGGGGGAAUGUGCAGCAGAAUACCUGGCGCUCUACCAGAAGCUCAUCAAGCCUGCCCGCUGGAAGGUCUACCUGGCAGCAAGGGGGGUCCUGCCUUACGUCGGCAACCUCAUCACAAAGGAAAUCGCCCGUCUUCUCGCCUUGGAGGAAGCCACACUCAGCACCGAUCUGCAGCAGGGCUACGCCUUGAAGAGCAUCACAGGCCUUCUCUCCUCCUUCGUGGAGGUCGAGUCCAUCAAGCGCCGCUUCAAGAGCCGCCUGGUUGGGACGGUGCUGAACGGCUACCUGUGCCUGCGGAAGCUGGUGGUGCAGCGGACCAAGCUGAUCGACGAGACCCAGGACAUGCUGCUGGAGAUGCUAGAGGACAUGACCACGGGUACGGAGUCGGAAACCAAGGCCUUCAUGGCCGUCUGCAUCGAGACAGCCAAGCGCUACAGCCUGGACGACUACCGGACGCCCGUCUUCAUUUUCGAGCGGCUCUGCAGCAUCAUCUACCCGGAGGAGAACGAGGUGACGGAGUUCUUUGUCACGCUGGAGAAAGACCCCCAGCAGGAGGACUUCCUGCAGGGCCGGAUGCCCGGCAACCCCUACAGCAGCAACGAGCCGGGCAUCGGGCCCCUCAUGAGGGACAUCAAGAACAAGAUCUGCCAGGACUGCGACUUGGUGGCGCUUCUGGAGGACGACAGCGGGAUGGAGCUUUUGGUGAACAACAAGAUCAUCAGCCUGGACCUGCCCGUGGCCGAGGUCUACAAGAAAGUCUGGUGUCCGACCAACGAGGGGGAGCCCAUGAGAAUAAUUUACCGCAUGCGAGGGUUGCUGGGAGACGCCACCGAAGAAUUCAUUGAGUCGCUGGACUCCACUACAGCCUCUUUCUUUUCCACAGAUGAAGAGGAGGACGAGGAAGAGGUGUACAAGAUGGCGGGCGUGAUGGCGCAGUGCGGCGGCCUGGGCUGCAUGCUCAGCCGCUUGACCGGCAUCAAGGAUUUCAAGCAGGGCCGGCACCUCCUGACUGUGCUGCUCAAGCUCUUCAGCUACUGCGUCAAGGUGAAGGUCAACCGCCAGCAGCUGGUCAAGCUGGAGAUGAACACCCUCAACGUCAUGCUGGGGACCCUGAACCUGGCUUUGGUGGCUGAGCAGGAAAGCAAGGACAGUGGAGGGGCGGCGGUGGCAGAGCAGGUGCUCAGCAUCAUGGAGAUCAUCCUGGAUGAGUCCAACGCGGAACCACUGAGCGAGGACAAGGGCAACCUCCUCCUGACCGGCGACAAGGACCAGCUGGUCAUGCUGCUCGACCAGAUCAACAGCACCUUCGUCCGCUCCAACCCCAGCGUCCUCCAGGGCCUCCUGCGCAUCAUCCCUUACCUGUCCUUCGGGGAAAUGGAGAAGAUGCAGAUCCUGGUGGACCGCUUCAAGCCCUACUGCGUCUUUGACAAGUACGACGAGGAGCACAGCGGGGACGACAAGGUCUUCCUGGACUGCUUCUGCAAGAUCGCGGCGGGCAUCAAGAACAACAGCAACGGGCACCUGCUGAAGGACCUCAUCCUGCAGAGGGGCAUCACACAGAACGCCCUGGACUACAUGAAGAAGCACAUCCCCAGUGCCAAGAAUUUGGACGCGGACGUGUGGAAGAAGUUCCUGUCCCGUCCGGCCCUCCCUUACAUCCUGAGGCUGCUCCGGGGACUCGCCACGCAGCACCCGGCCACGCAGGUGCUGAUCGGGACCGACUCGAUCUCCAACCUGCACAAGCUGGAGCAAGUCUCCAGCGACGAAGGGAUCGGGACCCUGGCCGAGAACCUCCUGGAGGCCAUGCGGGAGCACCCGGACGUGAACAAGAAGAUCGACGCGGCCCGGAGAGAGACCCGCGCCGAGAAGAAGCGCAUGGCCAUGGCCAUGCGCCAGAAGGCCUUGGGCACGCUCGGGAUGACGACCAACGAGAAGGGCCAAGUGGUGACGAAGACGGCGCUGCUGAAGCAGAUGGAGGAGCUGAUCGAGGAGCCGGGCCUGACCUGCUGCAUCUGCCGAGAAGGCUACAAGUUCCAGCCGACCAAAGUCCUGGGCAUCUACACCUUCACCAAGCGGGUGGCCUUGGAGGAGUUUGAGAACAAGCCUCGGAAGCAGCAGGGCUACAGCACCGUCUCCCACUUCAACAUCGUCCACUACGACUGCCACUUGGCCGCCGUCAGGCUGGCCCGCGGGCGCGAGGAGUGGGAGAGCGCCGCCCUGCAGAACGCCAACACCAAGUGCAACGGCCUCUUGCCCGUGUGGGGGCCCCACGUCCCGGAAUCGGCCUUCGCCACCUGCUUGGCAAGGCACAACACCUACCUGCAGGAGUGCACCGGCCAGCGGGAGCCCACCUACCAGCUCAACGUGCACGACACCAAGCUGCUCUUCCUCCGCUUCGCCAUGGAGCAGUCGUUCAGCGUGGACACGGGCGGCGGCGGGCGCGAGAGCAACGUCCACCUCAUCCCCUACAUCAUCCACACGGUGCUUUACGUCCUCAACACGACGCGGGCCACCUCCCGGGAAGAGAAGAACCUGCAGAGCUUCCUGGAGCACCCGAAGGAGAAGUGGGUGGAGAGUGCCUUCGAGGUGGACGGGCCGCACUACUACACGCUCCUGGCGCUGCACAUCCUGCCCCCGGAGAAGUGGAAGGCCAUGCGCAUCGACGUCCUCAAGCGGCUGCUGGUCACCUCCCAGGCUCGGGUGGUGUCUCCGGGGGGAGCAAGCAGGCUCGCCGACAAAGCCGUGAAGGACUACUCUGCCUACCGCUCCGGCCUCCUCUUCUGGGCCCUGGUGGAUCUCAUCUACAACAUGUUCAAGAAGGUGCCUACGAGUAACACAGAGGGGGGCUGGUCCUGCUCUCUGGCCGAGUACAUCCGCCACAACGACAUGCCCAUCCACGAGGCGGCCGACAGGGCCCUGAAGACCUUCCAGGAGGAGUUCAUGCCGGUGGAGACCUUCUCGGAGUUCCUGGACGUGGCUGGCCUCCUGUCAGACAUCUGCGAUCCGGACGGCUUCCUCAAGGACCUCCUCAGCAACAUCCCUUGAGCCUCCCGCCCAGAACGGCACCGUGAAGAGACCGCGAUGAGCUUGCCUGGCGGCCUCCCCCUCCGCUGACCCUGCAGGAGUGCUGCAGGGACUUGACCUCCGGCCUGCUCCCCCCGUCUCUCUCCCUCCCCCUCCCCGUCCUUGGAGUGAUGUUGGAUUUGGGUUUGCCCCCCCCCCCGCCCCCGGCUCCCCUCUUGGUUUCCUGGCCUUCUGCCCCGCGCGCUCCGAGCCACGGAGGGGCUGCGUCCGGGCUGGAGGGAGCCGAGCCAGACCCCGUCAGUUUUACCGCUUCUCUGUGCGUGCGGUGCGUGCGUGUGGUGCGUGCGUGCCUGGCCAUUUUACCAGUCAAUAAAUAAGUUAAAUACAACCAGACGGAAAA